AAUUAAUUUGCACUAGCAACUUCCAUCUUACAGCUCGUCAGCCACUUCACAGUCUGAGCCUCUGAGGUCCGAAAUGGAAUUUCGUCCGUCGUCGUGGCGAUCCCGGAAGCCGCCGCCGCCGGAGAAACAAUCCGACAUUUACUCCACCUUCGUCGUCCACGACAACGACAAUGACCGGAAAACCGAUGAAAAAGACAAUUCAGACCUCUAUGCUACUAUGGUUUGCAAAGACGACGACGAUGACGUAGAUGACCUAAACGACGACGAAUCACUCCCUCCUUUACUCAAACGCCUCCCUAAGGACUUCGGAGGAGGAGGUGGAGCUAUAGAUUCCGUUUCUGACGAUGACGUGGCAUCAAUCUCCGGCACGAUGAUUGUGAAAACCGAUCGAAGUUCGAAAUUCUCUACUCCUAAACAACCGCAACAGCAGACUGCUCGUUAUAUGUCGUAUUGGGAUCGGGAUGAGAAAAGCCCUGUGAGAAGGAGGUAUGAGGAAACUGAGGAUGAUGAAGAUGAGGAUGAGGAUGAGGAUGAGGAAGGUAGGUUUUCGACGUUUGUGGUGAAGGAUAAUGAGUUUGAUUCGGGGACGAUGGUGAGGAGAACUGUUAAAAGUGGAAGUAGUGAAGUUGUUGGAUCAACUAUGAGCAGAGCAGUGGCAAGUAUGCAGGCGGUAAGGGAGAUUGGAAUUGGGAGGCAGAGGAAUCGUGGGGCGCUCUCUGAGGAGGAAGGUGGUGGUGGUACAUUGAGGCCACAGGGGAGUAAGGUCUCCUCGAGUUCAAUACCGGAUAGUGUGACUAGGGAAGAUCCUUGUACUAAGUAUGAAUUGCUCCACGAGCUAGGGAAGGGUUCAUAUGGGGCUGUUUAUAAAGCUCGAGACUUGAGGACUUCAGAAAUGGUUGCCAUCAAAGUCAUAUCAUUAUCUGAAGGGGAGGAAGGCUAUGAAGAAAUUCGAGGUGAAAUUGAGAUGUUGCAGCAGUGCAGUCAUCCAAAUGUUGUUCGCUAUCUUGGUAGCUACCAAGGAGAAGAGUACCUUUGGAUAGUAAUGGAGUAUUGUGGGGGCGGAAGUGUUGCUGACUUAAUGAAUGUUGCAGAUGAGGCUUUAGAGGAGUAUCAAAUAGCAUUUAUUUGUCGAGAGGCAUUGAAGGGCCUCUCCUAUCUGCACUCUAUUUUUAAAGUACACAGAGAUAUUAAAGGUGGCAAUAUCUUGCUGACAGAUCAAGGAGAGGUUAAGUUAGGUGAUUUUGGUGUUGCUGCGCAGCUGACUAGAACCAUGUCCAAACGUAACACGUUUAUUGGCACUCCCCAUUGGAUGGCACCAGAAGUUAUUCAAGAAAGUCGUUAUGAUGGAAAGGUAGACGUAUGGGCUCUCGGAGUGUCUGCUAUUGAAAUGGCGGAGGGUCUUCCUCCUAGGGCAACAGUGCAUCCAAUGAGGGUGCUGUUUAUGAUAUCCAUUGAACCAGCUCCAAUGCUUGAGGAUAAAGAAAAAUGGUCUCUUGUAUUCCAUGAUUUUGUUGCCAAGUGCCUUACAAAAGACCCCCGACUUCGUCCAACUGCCUCCGAGAUGCUAAAGCACAAAUUCAUCGAAAAAUUCAAAGCUGGAGCUUCUGUAAUGAUGCCGAAGAUUGAGAAGGCCAAGCAAAUUAGGGCAUCAAUGGCCUUGGAAGUGCAAAAUAUUGCUUCAGAGAUUCCCGAGGUAAUGGGAGGUCCAAAAGUGAAUGAUGAAUUUGGCGAUACUGUUCCCUCUAAGCCUAAAAAUGACGAUUCCCCUUCUACAAGCUUGGAGACGGUGGGAGAAGGUGAUUUUGGGACUAUGAUAGUCCGAGAUGGACCUGAUAUGGAUAAAACAGCUAGUCAAAUCAGAAAUGCGGAAGCAUCAUCUACUCUCCGACGAACUGGAAUUCCUUCCAUCCCCACCGUUGCUGGCAAAUCAAAUGAUCCCUGGUUGCUUAAUGAUAUUGAUGUCAGUUCACCCUUUGGAAUGUCCCAGAGACAGAGCAUGCAAGUAUCUUCUCCUGGAACAUUACCUUCUCCUGAUCCGGGCCUUAAGGGGAGUACUACAUCUCAAGCAACUGUUAGUAGUGGUGGAGGCGGCUAUAAUACUGGAACCUUGCCAAGUGAAACUGUCAGUCGGAGAGCAUUGGACAAGCUUUGGUCCAUAUACUCGGCUGGUAACACAGUGCCAAUUCCAUUUCUAAGAGCAACUGACAUAUCUCCGAUUGCACUCUUGUCUGAUGAUGUGCUUGGGGACUGGCAAAGGGAUAAUAGUGGAAAGACUGCUGUAGAAGCAAUGCAGGAACUCUUCUCCGGUGAUUCUCAAUCCAAGAAAGGCCGAAGCAGACAAAAUGAGGUUCCUCUUCCUCCAAGUGUAUACCAGAGACUAACCUCGAGUCCUACACUGAUGAAUCUUGCUCAAGCCUUAGCGUAUCAUAAGAUGUGCUAUGAAGAGAUGCCUCUCCAGGAAAUGCAAGCAUCUCAGGAACAACAAACGAUUCAAAACCUCUGUGAUACACUCAGAACUAUUUUACGACUAUAAAUUAUUCUUCUUAGUUGAAACUGUACUGUUCUUCUUUGCGAUGUAAAUCUAGUUAUAUGAUCAUCUCUGUUUUUUUUUUGUUCUUUUUUCGAAUCUAGUUAUAUGGUCAUUUCUCAUCCUGUCCCUGUAGGGUAGUGUUCUGUAGAACAAGCAUGCAUAAAUGCUGCUUCCUUUGCAUUUCUGUUUCGUGUUUUUUUUUGGCGAUUUCUUUUUUAGAUUAUUCUUCAGCGAGCACAAAAUGAACCUAAGGAUGUUUUGUAGUUACCUGAAUAUAAAUGAUGGAUAUUUUAGCCA